AUGGAGCUUGCACUGGGGAUUAUUGGCGUCUCGAGCGCAGUCGACCUUUGUUUCAGAUAUGGCGACUCCCUUCUUCGAAAGAUCAAGGAGUUCCGGGAUGCAGACGCCCUGAUAUCAGAAUCCAUCACCAAGGUCGAGUACUACUGGACUAAGACCAUUUGGCAGCUCAGGAUCAUCAAUAGGGUCUGGCAAAGUCUUGGUGAAGGGCAUCAAGACUUGAGCAAACAGAUUCUUCACAUCCUUGUCGUCAAGCUCAACAAGGCAGUUCUCAAUAUCGGCCAAGUCGAGAAACCCAGCAGCAACGCAAAACAGUGCAAAAUACUGUCAGCCAGGAGGAAGGGCAAAUACGUCCUUUUGGUCAAGGAAUGUCUGGACGAGACUCUCCGAGAGAUAAAGGCAUGGCAGAAGAUGUUUGAUCCAUCAUGGUAUCUGAUGAUUCGGGUGUCCGGUUCGGCCAUCGACGAGGAAUUUGCGAAUGCAAAUAAAAAUCUUCCUACGCUGGACGAUUCCAAGUCUAACUCUCUCUCUACAAUCCGCGGCUUGCGCCACAGCCCGCCAGAGGGAUCCCCCGAAAAGAAACAGAUAUUUCUACCCAGAAACGGUCUUGCUGCCACUCGGCGUCACAAUAUACCACUAUCAACUUCUCAGCUCUUGGAGAUGCCCGAUAGGAACUUCCUCGUCAUCCAGCCUGCAGAGUGUGACGACGUUAACAGUGACGUCUCGACGCUCACAAAAGAUGUCCGAAUCCUUGCUGGAAAGCUAAUGGGCGUGGACCCGGCAAGUUUCAGCCUAUUAAAGUGCGCUGGCGUGGUCAAGCCCAGCGCCCCGAAGCCUGGGAGAGCCCAGUCGUUCGACUUCAUCUUUUACUUCCCAAAGGAAAUGCGCGAUCCGCAAAGUCUUCGGAGGGUUCUUCUCUCCUCGGGCGAGGGCCAUUCACUGAGUGCUCGAGUUCGUAUCGCGAAGCACUUGGCAUCGUCUAUUUGCUACGUUCACGCUCUCGGAUUCGUGCACAAGAACAUUCGUCCAGAGACUCUCUUGGUUUUUAAAGACGGGAAAUCCUCCCUUGGAUCAUUAUUCCUUGUCGGCUUCACCAUUUUCCGUAUGGCGGAUGGCCACUCCAUGCGUCUUGGAGACCCUGCACCGGAUAAGAACCUUUAUCGGCACCCCAGUCGUCAAGGGCUACAGCCAGAGGCCACCUACGUGAUGCAGCAUGAUAUCUACAGUCUAGGGGUGUGUCUUCUUGAGAUUGGCCUUUGGAAGUCAUUCGUCCUCUAUAACGAGGAAGAUGGCCAGUUACCGCAACCAACGAGGGUUGAGCCAUUUAUCACCAACGGAAGCUCAACUAAACGUACCCUCGUUGCUCUAGCAAGGGAUGAACUGCCCAAAAAAAUGGGUGACGUAUAUUCCCGAGUGGUUGUCAAUUGCCUUACUUGCCUAGAUAAAGAUAACGCUGAUUUUGGGGAUGAAAGUGAGUUUCAAGAUGAGGAUGGCGUCCUGGUUGCAGUUAAAUAUAUUGAAAAGGUGAUUACAUCUCCCAGACCAUCAUAUAUUGCCUAUCGUUUGGGAUUUCUUCGCUAA